AGUUGGCCAAAGUUUGUCAACGGAACUGUGCGUCGAAAGAGUGAAAAUAAAAAGUAGCUAAAUUAUGGCAGUCAAGGAAAUGGAAGAAAGUAAUUUUGCCCCAUUGGAGGUGGCCCUGGUCCACAUGGUAAGAAAAUCAAAACAUCUUCGAGCAAAGAUUCCGUGGUACUAUGCGCCUGCCUUUCUACUCCUUUGGGUCGGAAUUUUUUUUGCCAUCGUUAUAUCGCUGUUCAACCAACUGCCAGAAGUAGUUACCAUUGCCGAGGAGCCGCUGAAGCCGGGCCAGUUUAUUGCCGAGCGAGCACAGCGUCUGUUAUAUAGCUAUGAUCAAAUCGGUCCCAAAGUCGUCGGCAGCAUUGCCAACGAGGUGCUAACGGUUGCCUUCCUGCUCGACGAAGUCGAAAAUGUGCGAGCAUCUAUGAGAUCGGAUCUCUACGAUCUGGAGGUGGAUGUGCAACAGCCAUCGGGUGCCUAUAUGCAUUGGAAUAUGGUAAACAUGUAUCAGGGCGUACAGAAUGUGGUCGUCAAGCUGAGCACGCGCAGCUCCACCAGCGAAUCCUAUUUGCUGCUUAACAGUCACUUUGACUCGAAGCCCAGCAGUCCUGGCUCUGGCGAUGAUGGCACUAUGGUCAUUGUUAUGCUGGAAGUGCUACGUCAAAUGGCCAUAUCGGACCAGAGCUUUCAGCACCCCAUUGUAUUUCUGUUCAAUGGAGCUGAGGAGAAUCCUUUGCAAGCCUCACAUGGUUUUAUCACCCAACACAAAUGGGCAAAGAACUGCAAGGCACUCCUAAAUCUAGAAGUAGCCGGAAGUGGUGGUAGAGAAUUGCUUUUCCAAAGUGGCCCAAAUCAUCCGUGGCUAAUGCAAUAUUACAAUCAACAUGCCAAACAUCCUUUUGCAACAACAAUGGCCGAGGAAAUCUUUCAAUCCGGUAUACUGCCCUCCGAUACGGACUUUCGCAUAUUUCGCGACUAUGGAAAUUUACCGGGCUUGGAUAUGGCUCAGAUCGGCAAUGGUUAUGUCUACCAUACCAUAUUUGAUAACUAUGAGAAUGUGCCCGCUAAAUCGAUACAGAACACGGGGGAAAAUGUUCUUCCACUGGUACGGGCCUUUGCCAAUGCGAACGAAAUGUACGACACUGAGGCGCACAGGGAAGGACAUGCCGUUUUCUUUGACUACAUGGGCUUAUUUUUUGUGGUUUAUUCGAAAACAACUGGCAUUGUGUUGAACAGUUGCAUUGCGGCUGUGAGCCUGUUGCUUGUAGGCAUCUCACUGUGGCGCAUGGCACACGUAUCCGAGCUGUCGCUGUGCCAAGUAUUAAUUUGGUUUGCCAUCAUAUUGGGCCUACACAUUGUUGGAGUCGCUCUUUGCCUUGGUCUGCCCCUGUUGAUGGCUGUUCUCUUUGAUGCCGGGAAUCAUUCGUUGACUUACUUCACGAGCAACUGGCUCAUGCUCGGCCUGUUCGUCUGCCCGGCGAUCAUUGGGCUCAGUUUGCCCACCACACUCUAUUUCAGUUUCCGCAAGAAUCAAAAUGUCAGCCACUCCCACCAUGUACACAUGAGUCUGCACGCCCACUGUGUGGUGCUGGCUCUUGCGGCCAUCAUACUGACUGCAAUCAGUUUGCGCACCCCUUACCUCUGCAUGAUAUCAAUGCUCUUCUAUUCCGCUGCGCUAAUCAUUAAUCUGCUGAGCAAACUACACGAUCGAAACUAUUACUGGGUGCUGAUAACGCAAAUAUUGCAGCUUAUGCCCUUCUGUUACUUCUGCUAUCUGUUCUACAUGUUUCUUGUUGUUUUGAUACCCAUGAUGGGUCGCAAUGGCAGCUCCCUGAACCCUGAUCUUCUCAUUGCUUUGUUAUGUGGACUUGGCACAUUUUUCGCUUUGGGAUUCGUGUCACCACUUAUCAAUAUGUUCCACUGGUCCAAAUUUGUCAUGCUUGGGCUUGGCAUCAUUACUUUUAUUUUUAGUAUGAUUGCUGUGUCGGAUGUGGGCUUUCCCUAUCGACCCAAGACAAACGUUAUGCGUGUUAAUUUUCUGCAUGUUCGACGCAUUUUCUAUGAGUAUGAUGGUAGUGUGAGUCUCAGCGAUUCGGGCUAUUACUUUGACUUCCAGGACAGGCGCCUCAACUAUCCGCUCGAGGACACUUCAGUCGAUCUGAAGGACCUGACUGGCAUUGAGGAGCACUGUGACAAGGAGUUAAUGUGCGGGGUGCCCUGCUUUAAUCAUCGCUGGUGCAAAGCUCGUUCCACGGCACAUUGGCUGCCACGUGAACAGGAAGUGAAAAUACCAGGCAACUCCUCAUUGGUGCUUUUGAGUAAAACUAUUCUGCCAAGUGGCACUGCGGCACGCUAUGAGUUUGAGUUGAGUGGUCCACCACAUAUGGGCUUGUUUAUACAACCACUGGAGGGUGUAUCCGUGGAGGAUUGGUCCUUCAUAAGGAAUUUACUUGACGAGCCGGAAAAAUACAAGUUACCUUAUCAAAUAUUUUUCUCAUAUGGCAAAGAUAAAACCCCUCUAAAAUUCCAUAUAGACUUUGCAAAACCUACUGGUGAUUUCAAUGUGCCCAUCUUUGAAUUGGGCGUUGCGUGGCAUUAUGUCAGCUAUGACUUUGAAAGAGACUCCGCUGGCCUUCAGUUUAUAGCCGACUUUCCAGAUUUUGUGCAUGUGAUGGAGUGGCCAACAUUAUAUAAGCGUUACGUAUUCUAAAUAUAUACAAUACAAAAAUGACUAGAUUUAUGCAUAUAAAAUUAAUUUUAUUGUAAGAGAUUAAAUUAAAUAUAAAUAUUAAUCGGACUUUA